AUGGUGGCGAUAAGUCUAAUACGCAGACACAGACAGUUAUUUGAAAAAACUCGUGAUUAUGCAACUGCAUAUACUGACUGGAAGCGGUUUUCAGCGUAUCCUAGAGUUGAUAUGCGAAUGAUAUCAUGUUAUGCGGAGUCAGCAGAGAAAGUUAAGCAUCAAAUAAAAUUGCUGGCUUCAUCUUCUGGGUGUUUGUGCGCACAAAAAAAUCUUUAUCCAAAUGGUUUGCCAUAUGAUCGUAGUGUGUAUCAGCAUCGAGUUUGUUUGCCAUGUGACAACAACCGAGUGAUUGUAUCGCUUUCCACAGCUUCCUAUGGCGAAGACUCUGCCAUUGUUCAUGAAUCUGCAGGUCAUAGCAGAACAGCCGGAAUGCCAGUGCCAAACUGGGCAACAAAAAUCCAAUAUCAUUCUUUUUGUGCUGUGCUUACCACAACAGAUGCACACUUUGUAGUUGCACUGCACACAAUACCUAACCUAUCCAUUCAACUUCCAAAAUUAUCAGAAUGUGUCAUCGGAGUAAUUCUUCAUCCUUACCUUUUUAAGGACAAUGAAGUUGAGUGUUGUACAACACUGACUGCAAAGCAAAUGUAUCAACAAUAUGGCGACGAAGAAGACGUUGAAGACGGUGAUUUCGUACUGUAA